AACCAAACUACAACAGCCAAAGAGACACUUCGGUCGCCUGCAUUUCCGGUAACCUGAUGUCAUUUUUGUCUUUUUGGAGUCUGUUGUAGGCAGAGAAACAACAGCAGUCCGGUGUGUACAAGUACAACAAGCACAGCCAUCAGCAAGAUGUCUCAUGACCUUGAUGAAAACGAGCUGCUGGAGUUGUUGUUUCAGCAGCAGCCUGGUUUGCUUCCAAGUGAGGAGCUCAAUGAUGGGAUUGAGUUAUUGAAGGAUUGGGGUCUGUGUGAGCAUGAUAUGCUGAAUGACCACAACACAGUGGAUUUCUUCAACUCCAUCAUUAGUUCUCUUGAAGAUGAGACUGCGAUCCCAAUGUCCUUGUCUCCACCAGGCAGUGACAGUGGAAUAUCUGAAGAUAACAAUAUCCAUGAGGAUAGCCCAUCAGGCAGUGACGUCGCACUCUCUGAAAGUUUGUCCUUUUUUGAAGUUGUAAAUUCUGAUCACAACUACUCACUUACCCAGAACUCACAGCGUGAUGUCAAUUGUUUGUACAGUGUAAAAACGGAGACGCCUUCAAUGGAAAGGGACAUCGCAAUUGUUUUAGACUGGGAGCCUGAAUUUUUGACUGAAAAUCCUCAAGUUGUUUGUGUGGAGAAAAGUGCUGACCUUGUAGCCCUCACCAUUGAAGACCUCCAACAACAGAGUAAAACCAAUCAACUUUGCUUUGAUGAACUGAUUCUGACUGAUGAAGAAAAAAGGCUUCUAUCCAAAGACGGAGUGCAGCUGCCAACUUGUCUUCCCCUGACAAAGUCAGAAGAACGAGCAUUGAAAAGAAUCAGAAGGAAGAUUCGGAACAAACAGUCUGCUCAAGAAAGUCGCAAGAAGAAGAGGAAUUACAUUGAUGGACUGGAGAGUAGGGUUGUAGCAUGCACUGUCCAAAACCAAGAAUUGCAGAGGAAGGUGCAACAUCUUGAGAGUCAAAAUAUGUCUCUAAUUGAACAACUGAGGAAGCUGCAAGCAUUGGUCAAACAAACCACUACCAAAACUGCUAACAUCAGUACCUGCAUAAUGGUCUUUCUACUGUCAUUUACACUUAUAAUUUUCCCAAGUAUCAACCCAUUUGGUGGAAAACUAAAAUCCCAGGAAGAGUCAUAUAGUGUAGUUUCCAGGAGUUUACUUGAGAGCAAGUCAUCCCACCCACGCUUGGUGCCAAGCGCCCAUAAUCGAGAUGCUGAUCAGGAGAAUCGUGGAUUAGAUCAGGAGGCUCCUGAAUUGUUAAUGUCAACGAGUCUGAACGGCACACCCGAGGCUUCAGAGUUGGGAAAGGCAGAAUCCACUUCAACUUUAAAUAGCAACUCCUCUUCAGAUGUGGGUGGAGUAGUAAAACCGGAUGUCCAGGGCGAAGUAAGCCUAGCUCCCCAAAGCAAAGAGGACGACUAUAGCAUUUCAUCGUCACCAGUGAAUAAGCCAAACUGGACAGAGCACACUGCAACAGUGAUAAUAAAAACACAUCCAAGGUCCGAUGAAAUGUAACUGAUAUACAGGAAGUUUCCUGCCUAUGAAUCAUGAAUUGAACAUCACAUGUUUUUUUGAUAUUGCAGAGCUAUGCAACCACAUAUACUUUCCAUUGCUUGGGUACUGUAUAGGUUUGUAGUUUGAGGUUUUAUUUUCUUUCGUUGGUAAAAGAGGUCUGGUGUUACAUGUGGAAGUGGAUUGAUGUAAAGUAUUCAUAUUUUUUACAAUUUCAUAACUGGUAUAUUCAAAUUAUUUUGCAUUGGGAAACAAAAAAUCAUAUUGGAAGCUCCAAUAAUUCAACACUCCAGAAUCAGCGUGGAUUUAAAAGUUUGUCUAAUUUUUGCUGAGCACUGUUCAAAUGUAACGACUUCUCUAUAUAAUACUCCCUGGAAUUUUCCCCUUCGUGUUCUUCUGAAAAUUUUUAUUUUCCAAUCCCAAUACAGUUAGUGGAUUGUUUGAAGGGUCUGAUUGCCUUUUUUGUGUACAACUCUGUGAUGCAUGUCCCAAUACUUCUGUACCACGUCUCCUCCUAACUCAUUCUGGGACUGAGACCCACUGAUGUAUUUGUAGCAAAUUGUUACAGCUGGGAAUUUAGACUUGUUUGAAACUUAUUCACAUAAUAUAAUUUGUUUUCUUUCAUCCUUCAUAUUUGGGCCUUUUUUGUUAUUUCUCUUCCCUGUUUGACUUGGAUCCUGAGAAAUCAAGAAGGUGUGAGUCCAGAAAUGGCUUUCUCCCUUUCAUUGAGAGGUUUUUCACAUUGCUUUCAUGUGCUCUGAUGACUGAUGGUCUAUUUUUUUGGGGCAUCUGAAAUUAUUUCUCUUUGUAGCACAGUUUGUUUUCUAAUGAUAGUUCCAACCUGUAUUGAAAAGCAAAGGCACAUUUAUACUAACUAGUGAAUAGGUGGUUAAUUGAUUAGGGAAGUAAUAACAAGAGUAAUACAUUCUUCUCCUCAAUGCUGUUCUACCAUUCAUACAACUUAUUUCUGAUCCAUAUUGGGACUCCAUUUACCUGUCUUGGUACCAUAGUUUAUCAUAGAUACUUAAAUUUCUGCCACUGUUUUCAGAUUUGCAAUUGACAUUGCUUCAAGGGCCUUUUAGGGUAGAUUUCUACUUCCUUAAGUGUGAACACUCCGUCUCCUGCCAGCUGUUGUAAUUGUUGUCUUAACAGAAAGGGGAGUUGCUUGUAAUUUUAAAGUAUUUUAGUAGUCUCAUUGCGAUGGUAGAGUUUACAUGGGCCAUCAAAUUACAGCUUCUUAUUUUGGAUGCACUUUAAAGUUUCAGUUGCCUACAGCUGAAGAUCUUGCUUGACAUUCUCCGCUAAUGAAUAAUGGAAGAAUAACACAGCUGGCAGUCUUCAAUACUUCAAUGUAUCUUCAAUACUUCAAAAUGUCCAUAUUCUUAUUCAGGCCAUUCUUAUUAUUUUCCUUCCUAAAACUGGGAACCAAGUCAAUGAAUAAUAAGGUGGAGAUCGACAGACUCUUGAUUAGUAAGGAUGUCGGGGGUUGUGGGGAAAAGGCAGGAGAAUGGGGUUGAGAGGGGAAGAUAGAUCGACCAUGAUUGAAUGGCAGAGUAGAAUUGACGAGCCGAAUUGCCUAAUUCGGCUCCUCGAACUUAUGAACCAUGUGUCUCAGCACUGACACAUCUCCAAUCCUCAUUUUUCCCCACUGCACAAAAAGCUGCUCAUCAGACAGCUUUGUAACUGAAUAUUAUCAACUCUUUUUUUUUUUUUCCCCCUUCAUUAACUUUUAAUAUAGCAAGAUUAGCAAAAUAAUUUUUCAAGUUGCAGAGUUAUCAGGUGGUUAGUUGCACAGAGUGUAGGACAAAACUAUUGUGGGAUGUAUUUAGAUUUGGAAGAGAUCGGGAUUUUGUAUCUGAUAAUACCCAUAUUUGUAGAAGCAUCAAACCCCCCCCCCCCCCCCCCCCC